AUGAGAUUGGCAGUCCCAUUCACUGUGAAACAAUCUGUAGGGAGGAGCUCCGAGUGGAAUAAAAUCGUCAUUUUGGGGGCUGGGCUCCCAACAGCGCCUGGCUGGGCCAAGACCCCGGGGCUGCACGCGAGGCCUGGCCAUUCUAACCCUGACGGAGAGGAGGGAGAAAGGAAGCUAGGGGCCCUUCAGGACCCAGGCUGGGUCGCCCCGAGCGCCGGUCCCGCUGCCGCCCCGGCCCGCGAACCCGCCGGCAGGACUCACUGCGCCGCUAACGUCGGGGCCACCAGGCCGCACCGCCCCUCGCCGCCGGCUCACGCCCGCCUACCUGGCCCAGGCCCCAGGCCCCAUCCCCCGCCCCACAGCAGCCUAGGCCGAGGAAAGAGGAGCGCUGCGAUCUCCAGAUGGCAUCUCUACCAGCAAAAUGGCGACUCCACACACAAGACCAGCAAUAGCUGCGAGGGCGAGGCUGGGGGAUGGGCGAGACAGAGCGGGAUGUGGAGAAAAGUCAGAAGUCACAAGGGUCCAGAUCUGAUGAAUCAGAUUGGUGGUAUGAGUGCUACAUCUACACAGGGGUGGAGCGAACAUACAGUGUACCUGUGGGAAGAAGGCCUGCCUUUCUCUUUUGCUGUUCAUGCUUGCUGUUUGUAUCCACCACAAACUGCUGCCUCUCAGCCAUGUCAUUUUGCCUUGGAGCCAACUGAGGAUGGACUGAAACCUCCAAUCUCUGUUCCAGACCUUUCCAGAGCAUAAUCUGGCAGGCCAUUGGCUGGAGGGUACAUGGCCUGUGCAUGGGCACUGUGUGAACACUGGUUGGCCUGCUUUGGUGACUCAAGGAAGAUGUUCAUGCGUGAGGUCCCAAGAUUAGAGAAUGUACAUGUUCAAGACAUCAGCAACAAAGACAUGAAGUUUAAAAACCAAAAAAUGACUAAGAGGAAAAAAAGCACAAAACUGAAAAUACAUGGCAGAGAUCACCCCAGGAGGCCUGAAGAGAGUCAUUGGAGUGACUGCACACAGUGGGACAGCACUGUGCACUCUGUGUGGUGAAACUGCUGGGUACUGUACAUCAAGUGUCAGAUGACGCUUUGACACCAACCACAAAAGUGUUGCUAAACUUGGUGAAACUGAAAGAUAAAGCCAAAUUUGAAGAACUUGAUUGUUCAUCAUAACACUGGUUAGAUUUGGAAAUAUGGAAAUACAAUUAUUGGAAUUUCAAGAAAAACCUGUUGGACAAAUAAUUUCUAUGACAAAUGAGCAACACUUGAGAAGACAGAGUGUGAAAGAAUGACAAAGGACAGCACAGUUGGCAGUUCUGAAAACGAAAUCCUGAGGAAAAAACUCAGCUUCUCCCGAGAAUGGGCCAUAAUGGGCCUAGGAGGAGCCCACCAAGAAAACAACCAGCCAAGCUGUCUGGCAAGCUUUAAAAGCCAUGCGGGGUCCAGGAAGAGAAAAGUCAGCUCCUCCUGUGAGACCACAGGCACAUGGGCUGAGAAUCAGCAUCGCUCUCUCCCAUAAGCAACUGGCUGGUUCUGCGGACAUGUUGAGCUGAUAGCAACUGAGGUCCAAAAAGCACCUGAAUGCUUGUAUUGCUUGCUUGACUUUGCAGGUCUGGGACCAAAGGUCUGAGCAUCUAUUGGGAGGAUAACAUAAUGAAAUAUAGCAAAUAUGGGAGGUUUUCUUCUAUCUUAUCUUUGAAAUCCAAUAUUUUUCUCAUUGUUUUGUUUCAUUCUGAUUGUUUUGCUUUUUUCAGUGUUCCAGUUUGAUGGGUUUUAUUGUUUUCUUUUGGUUUGAUUUUGCUAUAUCUUGUGGAAUGGACAGCAAUUGUGAAGAUAAUGAGAUGAACUGUGGUAGCCAUUAUUGUUUUCCUAAUAUCUUGCUUUGAAGUUCUGUGCCAGUUUCACUGCUUUGUUUUUUGCUUUGUUUUGAUUGAGUUUAUUCUGUUUUGUUUGGUUUGUUUGAUUUUUACUAUCUUUAAAGUGAAAAACAAAAUCCUUGAAGUGUGGAACUUUCUGCCAAAUAAUUUAAAAUCGGCCAUGCAUGGUGGUGCAUGCCUGUAAUUCCAGGAAUCAGGAAGUUGAGGCAGAAGGACUGGUGCAAGUUUGAGACCAGCCUGGGCUGUAAAGUGAGCUGGGGAGCAGUCUAAACUAAACUACAUAGUGAGAUCCUGUCUCAAAAAGAGCAAAAAAAAAUUAAGUCAAUGAAAGCACUGGUGAAUUCUUGUGUUACUCUGGAUCAUCUUAUGCUUGUGGGCCACUGUUUUCAGCUUAUUAAAUCUGAUACAUGAAACAGAUUAACAGAUGACUUGAGAAUUGCAUGUGUUCCUCUGAAACUAAUGCAGAAUGAGCCAACCUUUGACAAAUUAUCAGUAUGCAUACACCAGCAAAGAUAUCAUUAAUUUUGUGAAAGCAUACCAAAUGUUAACUGUCACUUUUAAGUAAAAACUUGUUUGUGUCAUAGAAAA